UGAUAACAAGUACUUAUUUAGAGGGUUUUCCUUUUGGUCUAAAAAAGGGAUCAAGGUCCUAGACCAAUUCCAAUGUUUGGUAAUCUUUUGGACCUUUUCAUAAUACCUCAACCCUUACAAGAACUCAAUUGGUUUAAAAAAUAUUGCAAAAUCUAUGGUCAUUACCUUGGUAAAACUCCAAUUUUGAGCAUAAGUGAUCCGGAAUUGAUUAAACAAAUUCUGGUGAAGGACUUCCAUCUAUUCACGGAUCGGACCAAAUUUGCUCGGAGUAGAGAUGGGGUUAUGAGUAAAAUAUUGAUUGAAUUGACUGGCGAUGACUGGAAGAGAAUCCGAUCCAUACUUAGCCCGACAUUCACUUCCGGAAAGAUGAAGAAAAUGUAUCCAAGAAUUAGGGAGUGUUUGACAGACUUUGUGAACCAAUUGGAGGGCUUCGCCCCUAAGAAAGAAGAGGUGAAUGUGAAGGACUUGUACGGCGCCUACACUAUGGAUGUGAUCACCAUCUGUGCCUUCUCCAUCAAAACCGAUGUCCAUAAAGUACUCGAUAACCCGUUUGUAGUGAACGCGAGGAAUGCCUUCGAUGUAAAUCCUGUCAAAAAAAUAGCCCAAAUGAUGCUACCAAUGGCUGUACAGAUCAGGUUAGGGGUGGCCAACAGUUGUACGCCGAGCCGACACUUCUUCUUGGGAUCCAUUCGUCAGAUCUUUGAGAAUAGGCGUCAAAAUGAGGACAAGAAAUACAAUGAUUUCCUUCAACUGCUUAUUGAUAUGGAGAAAGGGAACGACAUCUUAAGAGAUGAGAAUGAUAUCAAUGAAUCACAUCAUGUGAAUGAAGGCGAGGAAGAGUUGGCGGCUAAAAGAAAAGCAUUUAAUAUGAAUGUCGUGAACAGACAUUUGUCUGAAAAUGAAAUCAUGGCUCAGGCUAUGGUUUUCCUUUUGGCCGGGUAUGAGACGACGGGAUCGUUGCUCUCAUUCUGUACGUAUGAAUUGGCACUCAAUCCACACGUCCAGCAAAUACUACACAAAGAAGUAAACUCUGCCAUCGAUUCCGACGAAGAGAUUGAUUACGAUUUGUUGUCAGGACUUCCGUAUUUGGAUGCCGUCCUCUCCGAGUCAUUGAGACUCCACUCCCCGGCCCCACGACUGUCACGCCUUUCCGCUACUGACUACAAGUUAGGCGACACAGGGAUCACAUUGCACCAGGGACAGCAAAUUGAUUUCCCCAUUCAUGCCAUACAUACGUCCGAAGAGAACUACCCGAACCCGUUCCAGUUUAACCCUGAUAGGUUUAAGCCUGAUAAUAGACAUAACAUUAUACCUUAUACAUACUUGCCCUUUGGUGCCGGCCCUCGCAAUUGCAUUGGUAUGAGGUUUGCAUUACUCGAAGCAAAGUUAGGUUUGGCUACCAUUAUCAGGAGAUUUACAUUUUCCCCGACGACUCAGACAGACAUUCCUGUGCGCUAUAAAAGGUCUUUCGGUCUGACGGCUCCUCAAAGAGUAAUCGUCGGAAUUGAGGCACGAGUUUAAAAUAAUAGCACUUUUGUUAAUAAUUGUUGAAAUAUUGUUGAAAUAUUUACUCUUAUUUAAGUAAAUGUUUUGUUUGAAUAACUUAUUUUAUU